UGCAACAUACCUUUGGUCUGGAAAUGGAAAGGAAAGGUCAAACAUCUCGUUCUACAAGUUCCAUCUCUCAGCCAUUCAGUGUUUCAUCAGGCACAUUAGUUGUGACACAGAGUCCUGAUGAUAUUUCUGUCAUGGAGGGAGCGACAGUAAACAUCACCUGCUGCUGGACAGUGACGUUUGGAAGAGUUGGAGUGAACUGGCUGAAAAAUCAAACAGUAAUUAAGAAUGAGGUCAAACAGAAUCAAUCUCAAGGGUCUCUGAAAGAGGAAACAAAGAUGUGUUCAUCUUUGAAUUUCUCAAACAUCCAAACAAAGGAUUCAGGGACAUACAUCUGCAAGGUGACUUUGGAGAUACCAUCUUUAUUUGAAGCUAAAGGAAAUGGGACAGUUAUCACAGUCAGAGAGAAGACAGAAAAUGAUAAUGGAAAUAGUAACAGAAAAGAAUCCGGUGUUUCAUCAGGCACAUUAGUUGUGACACAGAGUCCUGAUGAUAUUUCUGUCAUGGAGGGAGCGACAGUAAACAUCACCUGCUGCUGGCCAGGGAAGUUUGGAAGAGUUGGAGUGAACUGGCUGAAAAAUCAAACAGUAAUUAAGAAUGAGGUCAAACAGAAUCAAUCUCAAGGGUCUCUGAAAGAGGAAACAAAGAUGUGUUCAUCUUUGAAUUUCUCAAACAUCCAAACAAAGGAUUCAGGGACAUACAUCUGCAAGGUGACUUUGGAGAUACCAUCUUUAUUUGAAGCUAAAGGAAAUGGGACAGUUAUCACAGUCAGAGAGAAGACAGAAAACGAUAAUGGAAAUAGUACCAGAAAAGAAUCCGAUUUCGGGGAAGCACCAACCAAAGUGAUCAUUUCCCUGGCUGUAGUGGUUCCUUUGCUCCUCACCACACUCGUCUGUUACUGCACUCUGCGAAGAAAACAAGCACUAGCAGCCAGGGUCAUCUACGAAGUUCCCCACGUAGACUCCGAUGUGGCAGAGAUGGACAAACACAGCACGAACUCCUCCUUAGGCUCAUCUCAAUGGCGUCAAGUGCCUCUGUAUGAAUCCUUCUACUUCGAACAUGUGGAUCCCAAAGAAAGUGAAUGAGUUUCCACUCUGGAGUUUUCUCGUGUACUUUCUGUCCUGUAUAUAGCAUAUUUUCAUUUUACAUUUUUGCAUGAUUGCAAACAAAACCAUAUAUGGUUGUAAAUAUGUAUGUAUUUUUCUAUAAACUACAUGUUAAUUAAAAUUAAUUUCAGUGAUGGAGAAAGUGAUGGGGUGUUAGUCCCAUAAAGCCCAGAUCACAAAAUAAUAAUAUGUUUAUGUGUUUAUUUAACCUUCUGACAAAUAAAAAAAAAAUAAAAUAAAU